AUGACGUACAUCCUGAGAUUCAACUUCAAGCUGGAGGAAGGCCUGACCACCCGUGACCGGCAGGCGUGGAGGAAAACGGUGCUGGGCGCCGUCGACUCACCCGCGGCCCGCUUCUUCGGAGCCGCUGAGCGCGCCGUGCUUGAGGACCGCACCUUCGGCGACUGGAUCACGUGCGACCAAGCAGCCGCCGCCAUGCUAAUCCGGCCCGAGAUCGUGCUCAAACAGUCGACGCACCACGCCACGGUGGAGCUGCAUGGGAAGUUCACUCGCGGCCAGAUGGUGGUGGACCGGCGCAGCUGGAGCGAGCCCACUCUUGGCAGGAACGUCACUGUAAUCGAGGCUCUCGACCUCGAGCUCUACAAGAAGAUGCUGCUCGACGCGUUCGGCCAUCCGGGGGUCGUGUUCUGA